CUCCUUCCUCAAAACUAAAGGAUUGAUUGAGGAUCACAGUCGGUGGAAAAAAGAGCACGAACGAGAGACUAAAGGAGAUAAAGCAAAAGCAUUAUUUAAGAGACGAAGGUGUUGAAAAACGAAGCGUGAAUUUCGGGUUUUAAAAUGUAAUCCGUAUCGAAAUUAACAGAAGUGUAAAAAACUGGAUUUUUAUUUUUAUUUUGUAAGUAUCGAUACAAUAAAUAUUUUAAAUGCUAACUUUGCUGUUAAUUGACAUACUGCUACAGUUUGUAGACUGGUGUUCCAGUUCCAGCAUGGAUGGCUUUAAAUGGGACCGUGCAUAAGGAAUACAGCUUUCUUUUGAAAUAAAGGAUCAGAACCACCACCCAGAAUGGAUCCAACACCUGAAUAUUCCCUCUUCCUGGAAAGGAUCUUGGAAGAGCUAGACACAAAGCACAGCAGCAUUUCUUAUCAGGAUCUGUGUAAAUCCCUGUGUGCCAGGUUUGACUUGACUCACCUGGCCAAACUAAGGAGCCUUCUGUUUUAUACAGCUUGCUUGGACCCCAGUUUCCCUGCAACCUUGUUUAAAGAUAAGAUGAGGUGCUCAAUGGACAACCAGCAAUCCAAGAAGAUAAUGGUCGCAGCAGACAUUGUCACCAUGUUUAACUUGAUCCGAAUGAAUGACCAGGAAGCCAAGGAAAAAUUACCCCAUGCACAGCGGCCCAAAUUCCAUAAACAUCAAUCUAUCGAAUCAUGUCGGUCAGACUCUGAAAUAUGCAAAUAUUCUGACUGCGUAACGAGCAGCAAUUUGUUAGAUGCCAGGGAGCACUCAAGCUCCCGCACGUCACCAUGUCCCAAAUCAAACUGCAGCAACUCAAAGCAGUUCAUUCCAACCUCUGAUCCAAACUUCUUGCUGGGAGUUAAUAAGGAAAUUAAAUGCAGGGCUGCUUCACUUGACCAGCUUCAGAUGCUGCAUCAGUUUUCAAACAUCAGUCCUCCACCUUGUGAAAUGCAAAGCACCUACUUUCCAAUGGACAUCGACAGCGAAUCCACAGAUCAGGACUCUUUGCAUAUGAAUUUGGGGAUUAAGGAGACUUUUAUUUCAAAUGCAGAGCCUUUUACAGUACACUCCUGUGUGCAGAAGAGAACUAUAUUCAAGGAAGACUUCCACAAUCUUGCUGCAUUUACACCACAGGUCCUCACUACAGAUUCGCAGCCAAGUGAUAAAGGGGUGGGAGGGCACAACAGGAGGGAGACCCAUAAGCCAGCUACUUUUUUUAAUCACAGUUUUGAACUGCCAUAUAGCAAUCCCUACUUUGAGCCCAUAAGCUCCCCUGUACAAGAGAAAAGACGAGCAAAACAUGAAAGUUUGGAUGAUCUGCAAACAUCCACUUACUUUGGACCCACCACUGUGAUGGAAGCCCCAAACCUAAGACCAUCAACAAGGCAGAGCAAGCAAACAGCCUGGCCCGUCAAAAGUUUGAGUCUGAACACAGAAGAAGGACCCAAUUUUGAAGCAUCUUUUUUUACCGGAAAGCAGUCAGAAGACAACCAUCGUCUGAAUGUCAGCAAUGUGGAAAAGGGCCAGCAUUACCAGUGCUCCAAAGAGCAAACAGCAAUUUCUCCAUCAGGGUUUGGUAUCAAAUCCAAUGGUCAAAAAAUAAAAGAAUUGAGUUCCAAGUCUAGCGGUCCAUCUGUGGAAAAGAGAGACGGCAUGAAAAGGUUUAAAGACAAAAGUAUGAAUUGUACAUCUUCGCAGGCAGUAGAUAUAGACAACACUUCAAGUGUAGGGACACAAACCGAUCAACCUGACCAGAGAAAGAGGAAGGAGUUUUCUAACACAAAUCACAUGAAGUAUGGAGAAAGGCACACAUUCAUGAAUUCUGAGGAGGAUUCAGAAAUGGUCAGUGAUGAUAUCAGUGAUAUUUUUCGAUUCCUGGAUGACAUGAGUGUUUCUGGCUCUACUGUUAUCCAGUCAUCCCGUUACAAUAGCAAUGGGUCCCUCUCUCAAGUGACAAGAUCAGAAGGAGAUAGCUCACCUGAGCACAACAUGGUCACAAAAUACAGCAAAAAGUUUGACAAAUUAUUUUAUUCACAAGAAAGUGCAGAUGAUGAUCUGAAGGCCAGUGUGUGCAAACUGGUCCUCAGAAUAGGUGAGAUAGAGAAGAAACUUGAGACUCUUUCUGGGGUUCGAGAUGAGAUCUCUCAGGUUCUUUCCAAGCUGAAUAAGCUGGAUGAAAAGAUCCAAGAGCCAGAAACAAACAACAACCAAAUGGAACUGGACCUGGCCAGUGAAGAUCAUUCAGAUAAUAAUGUCUCACCAAGAAUCUUCCAGUGCCAUACCACUGGCCACACCAUCAAACAGGACAACAACCCAGAAUGGUGUUCAGAUGUCAAUGGGAGUAAUAGUGAAAGUUUAAGGGUUAAAGCUUUGAAAAAGAGUUUAUUUACCAGAAGGUCGUCCAGAUCCUUAACGGAGGAGAACAGUGCUACAGAGUCUAAAAUUGCGAGCAUCUCCAAUUCUCAGAGAGACUGGAGAGCUACCUCUUAUUCCAUCUCAGCCAGCGAGGAGAUGAAGGAAAAGGAAAGAGAAAGCAAGGAGCGGCACAGGAAGUCCAAAGAGACAGACAGGCAGUGCGAAAUCUCCCAGGCACACAGGUCCUCGAAGCAGCCGAAAGAUUCCUACUUGAUAGAGCAGGUCUUCAGCCCUCACCCCUUCUCCACAUCUGUCAAAUCGCACAAGAGCAACCCCCUCUACACGGAUAUGAGGCUGACAGAGAUGUCAGAGUCCAAGCGACCCCAUCCUUCGUGGACAAUCGAGGAAUACAAACGAAACUCAGGGGAGAAGGGGAAGCUAGCAGUGCUGGAUCUGCAAACUCAAGAAUCUUUAAAUCCAAACAAUUUAGAGUUCUGGAUGGAGGACAUUUACACGCCAGGCUACGAUUCAUUACUCAAGCACAAGGAGGCUGAGUUCAGGAGAGCGAAGGUUUGUAAGAUUGGAGCUCUGAUCGCAGCGGCAGUCUGUACUGUUAUCUUGGUCAUAGUGGUCCCAAUUUGCACUAUGAAAUCAUAACAUGUAAAAGUUGUUGUAUUAUAUACAGCUGAAAUGUUAUUCUUAAAACCAAUUUAACAAAAAAUAUAUAAAUAUAUGUAGCAGUGGGUUGACAAGAAAACUGUGUCAAGAUUUUUGUAAACAGUGCUCACAGAGGAUAUGUACAUUUCAUUGUCAAAUUUUGAGAAUACUUUUGAGGUUUAUUUUCUAUUAUAAUUUUUCUAUUAUAUUACUUUAGCUAAAGAAUAUCAAACGUUCGAAACAUGGUCAGGAUUUGUUCUUUAAAUCUAGUUCAUUCAUGUUUAAGUGCAGAAAACAGAAGGAUUGCAUUGUAGCAGAGAACAGAUAUGUCAGGGGACUGUCAUUAAGGCAGGGAAUAAAUCAGAAUGAUAGCACUGCUAUUGCAAUAUCUGUUGAUUGACCACUGAGUAACAGAGUCUUGUCUGUAAAGCAAUAAAAGCACUCAUGUCUAAUUUACCAGUGUGCUAAUUAUUGAUAAAUAGGACUUGUAUUAUAUAGUGUCACUAUAGUGUAUAAUUCCUAUUUAUUUCAGGCUUCAUUUGAAACAUUAAGAGAUGCCAUGUAGAGCAAUGAGGUUAGAAAUGUUUUGUCGGUAAACCAGUACUAUGUAUAAAGAAUGGAAAACACAGUUAUGCAUUGAUUAAUUGAUUUAUGAUCCAUUAAAAUAAUAAUAACCAUAAAAAAAUAAACCACAAGGUCUAUUUUAAUGAAGUAAUCUGUGGCAGAACUAAAUCCUGCCACCUCUUGAUUCUAUAUAAACCCCACAGGUGUUUUCAGGUUGAUACAUUGCCCCCACAUAAUAUCCUUGAAUAUAAUAAAAGGACAGUGCAAACGGGUCUGCAAAAGUUUGGAAGUUUUAAGCUGGUUAUAUUCAGAGCUGCGAUUGUGUAGAUUUUUGAAGAGUUGGGUACUUACCGGCUGUUGUAGAGCUAUCUCCGUUACUUAUUACUUUGUUAUCCACUUCUUGUCUGCUAACAACGUUCCUGCCCUGAUGCUCAGUAGAAUCCUACUUCCAGUCAACCAGGCAGUGAAAGUGUCACCACAUAGCUGUCCAGCCCCUUGAGUAACGUGGUAUUAAGCGCUUCAAACUCAGCCUGCCGAUAUGUAAUCUCUUCAAGGGCCUAAGAAACAAUAAUUGCUGCCAAUCUAAAACGUCCCCUUCAAUGUCAGUGUUCCGAUGACAUCUUCAUUAGCAUCUCUCUACACAGCGGUGCAUGUAGCUGAACUGACUGACCUUGGAUACAGGCAUCAAUUACUGAUUGCUUUUGAUUGUAAUAAGUUUACAAAAACCUUGUGAUCAGUCU